ACUGAAAGAUGAAGUGGAGGAAAAGAAACAAGGGAAUCCUAGCAGCGAAGCUCCUUCCACAAUGAGUAGUUCGUCCAAUGAUAAGAAGCAAGACAAGGUGGGUGAGACUCAAACAAGAACUUUAAGCUGUGUUGUUUCACAAAAACCAAAGAAAGUAUCACAAUCACAAUUCUUCCCAGAAACCCCAUCAAAGUCAAGAUCACCAAUAGCAAAAAGCCCUACUGCAAAACCUCCUAUUGAUAGGAAGAAUGACAGCCCUUUGAGAAAACAGAACACAGGUGUUCACCGUGUGAGAAAAACUACCGGUGGAAGAUCACUGUCACAAGGUCAGAUUGAUAUUUCCUCUGGAGCAGCAUUGAAUAAGCCUGAACUGGGACAAGCUUUACUAAACCAAGCAAGGGACAUAAUUUCAUCUGGAAAUAAUCCGACCAGAGCUCUUGAAUUAGCCCUUCAAGCAAAGAAAUUAUUUGAGAGAACUGCUGCUUAUGGGAAACCAAAUUUGGAUAUGGCCAUGUGUUUGCAUGUUACUGCAGUAAUACAUUGCACUUUGGGCAAUUUAAAUGAAGCAAUUUCGCUAGUAGAGCGCUCAAUAGAGAUUCCUGUUAUUGAGGAAGGCCAACAGCACGCCAUUGCUAAAUUUGCUGGGCACAUGCAUCUAGGAGACAUUUAUGCUAUGUCGGGCCAGCUGGAGAAGUCAAUUAAGUGCUACACCGAAGGGUUAGAAUUGCAAAGGAAGGUUUUGGGAGAAACAGACCCAAGAGUUGGCGAAACGUGUAGGUAUGUGGCUGAGGCUAACUUUCAAGCCUUGCAAUUUGAGGAGGCGGAGAGGAUGUGCCAAAUUGCCCUUGAUAUCCACAGAGCAAAUGGUUCACCCUCAUCUCUUGAAGAGGCAGCCGAUAGGAGGCUGAUGGGCCUUAUAUGUGAAGCAGAUGGUAAACACGAAGCAGCCCUGGAGCAUCUUGUGUUGGCCAGCAUGGCAAUGGUAGCAAAUGGCCAAGAAGUGGAAGUGGCAUUUGUUGACUGCAACAUUGGAGACACGUACUUAUCAUUGGCUAGAUAUGAUGAGGCCAUCUUUGCAUAUCAGAGAGCAUUGAAAGUUUUCAAGAUCCACAAAGGUGAGAACCAUCCUGCUGUGGGGUCAGUUUUUGUACGUCUGGCUGACUUGUAUAGCAGAACAUGGAAGAUUAGAGAGUCAAAAUUAUACUGUGAGGAGGCACUUAAAAUCUAUGAGAAUCCCAUGCCUGGGGUCCCUCCAGAGGAGACUGCUAACGGUUUUAUGAAUGUAUCAGCCAUCUACGAGUCGAUGAAUGAGCUAGAAGAGGCACUUAAAUUACUUCACAAGGCACUAACCAUACUUAAUGAUGUCUCUGGUCAGAUAAACACCAUAGCAGGAAUCGAAGCUCAGAUGGGGGUCAUGUACUUUGUGUUGAAGAACUACACUGAAUCUUAUAACUGUCUCAAGAAUGCCGUGUCCAAGCUUCGUGCUACUGGAGGAAAGAAAUCAGCCUUCUUUGGUACUGUUCUUAAUCAAAUGGGACUUGCUUGUGUGCAACUCCAUUCCCUGAAUGAAGCUGCAGCAUUAUUUGAAGAAGCAAGGGCCAUUUUGGAACAAGAGAAUGGACUCUAUCACACUGAGACACUUGGAGUAUGUGGCAAUCUUGCUGGAACAUAUGAUGCAAUUGGAAGGCUGGAUGAGGCAAUUGAAAUUCUUGAAAACAUUGUGGUAAUGAGGGAAGAAAAGCUUGGGACUGCAAAUCCUGAUGUUGCUGAUGAGAAGAGAAGGUUGGAGGAGUUGUUGAAGGAGACAGGGAAAGUUCGAAACAGAAAAACGAAGUCACUGGAGAACCUUUUUGAUCAUGAUUAUAUAUGACUAUAGCUAGAUAGGUGUGGUAUGAAAAAAGGUCCAUGUUUUACGGGAAUUCUAGAAAUGGAACAACGGUA